UUAGAAGCGAUGACAUCAAACUCGACAAAUCAAACAGCUUUCAUCAGUACCAUUAUUCCCUUCCUGAAAACAUACAAUUUUGAUGGCUUUGUUCUUGAAUGGGAAGGCAGUUCUUCUGGAUUCAAAGCAAUGAGCACGGAACUUCGCCAAGCGUUUGACCUAGAUGGUACUGGCUUGAUGCUCGUGUGUAAUCUCUUCGGCCCUACCAUUGACGAUUUCAACACAAAGUAUGAUCUAAACACUGUCAAGGAAACAGUGAUGAACUACGACUUUAUCACGCUGCAGACCUACAGUUUGAUUGAGGACUAUUCGUCUGUCCCUCAUCACAGUCGCAGAGUAGCGAGAAGCGAUGCCACUGGAGCGUCCUAUUUCCUAAACCUUGCAAAAUGGAUAGUUGAGGAGGGCUAUGGUGGCGCGGCGAUAUAUACAUUAGGUGACGACGAUUUUAAUCAAGAUUGCACCUCUUCUGAGGUACCCUUUCCACUCAUCAGCACUGCCAAGGGUGUAUUUGAGGAGGCUACCGCUCCAAAAGAGUACAGGCGUGUGUGUUACUUCACCACCUGGGCGGAGCUUCGUACGGGGGCUGGAAUAUUUACAGCCGAUGAUAUAGACCCCUCUCUGUGUACCCACAUUAUUGUCGCAUUCGCUGAGAUUUCAGAUGAGUGCGAACUUGAAGUUUCCGACGUAAACGACACACUGAUAUACGAACGUGUCAUCGCCUUGAAGACAAAUAACACAGACCUUAAGGUGUUGCUGUCUGUUGGUGGUUGGGUGCAGGCCAGUGAAAGUUUUUCCUACAUGGUGUCAAGACCCAAACAACUUGAAUAUAUCCUACUCUUCAUUAUGAACAUUCUCCAGGCGAAUUUAGGAUUUUUGUUACUCAGACGGACAUAUGAAGAAGAGGCGCAAAAUAACAGCAUACCUUGUCUGCUGUUGACAGCUGCAGUGGCUGCGGAACAGGAAUAUAUUGACUACGCAUACGACGUUAAGGCCCUGGCAAAGUAG